AAGAUGAAUACGAAGCAGCGUGUUAUUCUUCUUCUGUCCUUGACAAUAUUUGCUGAGAAAACGAUUGCAGAUCAAUACAAAUGUCCAUUUUCUGCUUUUAACCAAACUAUUGACUGGAAAAGGUUCAGCAAAUUAAAGACAACAUGGUACGACGUGCUUAAUAUUCCUAUGGUACUCGAACCUAUGGAUUGUUGGGAUUGGUCAGAUUUUGUCCCGCUGGAAGGAGGAGAAUUCACAACAAAAUUACAUCAAAAUCUAGAAAGCGGAAAUGGUGGGGAAUAUAUAAUUGAUUUUCAUAUGAAACCAAAUGCUGACGGAUCUUAUACCUUGGUGGAAAAAGAAGGUUCGAGAUCUAAAAUAGCAAACACAACCAGAUCUGCACUUUCUCACAUUCAAGAUGAAGAAAGUAUUGAGGUCAUGGUAGCAGUAACUGACAGUUUUGUUCUCUGGAAAUGGUAUUUCAUGACAGACUAUGAGAAUUACCUUAUUGUUGGAGCUUGUCGUUCAGGAUUUCAUUACCGAUCUUUCGCAAAGUUCAGAGAACAAAGACCAAAUUUUGUUGAUGUGGUUAAUACUUGGAACAGAUUUUCUGCUCUGGGGGAAUCCCCAAAUGUGGCACUCAGAAGAAAAUGCAUCAAGAGAAAACACAACUAAAAUUAAAGGUUUACGUGUCUGACAAAAACAACUUUAUAAGAACAGCAUCGAAAUAUUUUAUUCUAGUUUUUAGCAAUAUACAAGCAUGCGAUACCGAGAUUUUU